GGUCAAACGACAACGAGAAACUAAAUUAUGUGAGUCCGGUUUUGUCAUGUGCGCUGUGCCCUUCUCCUCUUUCGAUCCUUUCCUUUUCCUUUCCUUUCCUUUUCUUUCUCUAUAAUACAUCCCUUCUCCUCUCCCUCCCUCCCCUUGCUCCCCACUCGCUCAUCAACGCCACCGCGAUCCCCCGUGAAUUUUCCUUCCUGUUCUUCUUUACGGUAGAUUCGUCGCAGAGUUGGCAUGGCGGAUGGGGAGAUGACAGCGAAGGAGAGGAAGCGGAAGCGCGGAACGGAGUCUUCGUCGUCGUCGUCGGCGGCGGCGGUGGCGGCGGAGGAGGAGGAGGCCAAGUGGAGAACAGAGGGCGAGCAGAGGACUUACUCCUCCAGGCUCAUCGCGGCGCUCCGCCGCGUCCGCUCAUCUGCUACGGCGCCGACGGACCGCGCGCGGAGCCGCGCGCUCCGGGAGGCGGCGGACCGGGCGCUCGCCGUCUCCGCCCGCGGCCGCACGCGGUGGAGCCGCGCCAUUCUCCUCUCGGGCAAGGCUCGCUCUCUCAAGCGCAGCAGAGUGCUCCGGCCGAGGCCCCCCGCCGCCGCCGCCGCCUCAAAGAGCAGCAGGCCGCCGCUGGAGAAGAAGACGAGGGUCCUCGGCCGCCUGGUCCCCGGCUGCCGAAAGCUCCCGCUGCCGUCGCUCCUAGAGGAGGUCUCCGACUACAUCGCGGCGCUCCAGAUGCAAGUGCGCGCCAUGAGCGCCAUCACCGAAGUCCUCUCCGCCGCCAACGCCGCCCCCUCACCACCACCACCACCACCUCCUCCUCCUCCUCCUCCCCAGACCAUGUGACUGCCAUCCGAUCGCAGGACCUCUCUCCCUUCCAAGUUCCGACAUUGGCGGUGUAAUUUAUUUGUACAUUUUAAUCAUCCGCUUUCUUUCAUUUUGUAACGAGAGAUGAUUCCCCAUGUGCUCAGCUCCCAUUAUUCAACAUCUCCAUUGUCGUCUUCCUCCCA